GGCAAAGAGUGGGGGCGGGAAAGAGAGACGAGGCGGGCGGAGAGGUUGGUGCUACGUAGCCCUUCUGAGGAGUGAAGCUUAGGGGGCUGCAGCCAUGGCAUCCAACGAUUAUAGCCAGUCAGCGACACAAAGUUAUGGGGCCUACCCAACUCCACCCACACAAGGUUAUUCUCAGCAAACCAGCCAGCCCUACGGGCAGCAGAGCUAUGGUGGUUACGGACAAUCGGCUGAUACUUCUGGAUAUGGCCAAAGUAGUUACAGUUCUUCCUAUGGCCAGACUCAAAGCUCUGGCUAUGGCACCCAGUCAACACCACAGGCCUACGGCUCAUCAACAGGAUAUGGCAGCAGUCAGACUUCUCAGACGUCUUAUGGACAGCAGUCAUCCUAUCCCAGCUACUCUCAACAGCCAGCCAGUUCCACCACUGGAAGCAGUUACGGUACCAGCUCUCAGACCUCUACCUACGGACAACCCCAGAGUGGAGGCUAUGGUCAGCAGUCCAGCUAUGGCAGCCAACAGCAGAGCAGCUAUGGGCAGCAGCCUUCUUACAACCCACCCCAAAGCUACGGCCAGCAGAGUCAGUAUGGCAGUGGCAGUAGCAGUGGAGGAGGUGGCGGUGGUAGUGGAUCUGGUGGCUAUGGACAGGAUCAGUCUUCCAUGAGUGGAGGUGGUAGUGGAGGAGGCUACGGCAGCCAGGAUCAAGGAGGAUAUGGCGGCCAGCAAGACCGCAACCGUGGAAGAGGCAGUGGAGGAGGUGGCGGCGGCGGAUACGGUAGAGGUGGCUUUGAUCGGAGUGGUGGAAGAGGUGGCAACAGAGGUGGUCGUGGAGGCAUGGGCGGUGGUGAGCGAGGUGGUGGCUUCAAUAAAUUUGGUGGACCACGGGAUCAAGGAUCACGCCACGAUUCUGCUGGCGAGCAGGAUAACUCAGACAACAACACCAUCUUUGUUCAGGGACUUGGUGAAAACGUAACCAUUGAGUCAGUAGCAGAUUACUUCAAGCAGAUUGGCAUCAUUAAGACAAACAAGAAAACAGGACAACCUAUGAUCAACCUGUACACAGAUCGCGAGACAGGAAAACUGAAAGGAGAGGCGACUGUUUCCUUUGACGAUCCCCCAUCUGCAAAGGCUGCCAUUGACUGGUUUGAUGGAAAAGAAUUCUCAGGCAACCCUAUCAAAGUAUCAUUUGCUACCCGACGGGCAGACUUCAACAGAGGCGGUGGCGGUGGCAAUGGCCGUGGAGGAAGAGGCCGUGGCGGUAGAGGAGGACCCAUGGGCCGUGGUGGAUUUGGUGGCGGCGGAGGUGGCGGCAGCAGCAGUGGUUCCAGCGGGGGCAGCAGGGGGGGCUUCCCCAGCGGAGGGGGUGGUCAGCAACGUGCAGGAGACUGGAAAUGCCCCAACCCGACAUGUGAAAAUAUGAACUUCUCAUGGCGUAAUGAAUGCAACCAGUGCAAGGCACCAAAGCCAGAUGGGCCUGGAGGACCACACAUGGGAGGUGGAUUUGGUGAAGAACGACGCGGAGGCCGAGGAGGCUUUGACAGAGGGGGCUUCCGGGGAGGCAGGGGCGGAGACCGGGGAGGAUUCAGAGGCGGAAGAGGCGGAGACAGAGGCAGCUUUGGACCAGGAAAAAUGGAUUCGAGAGGGGACCACAGGCAGGACCGGCGUGAGAGACCCUAUUGAGCCUGCAUAGGAUCCCAGACCAUGUGAAUUUAUAAACUUUUUUUAUUUUGUAUGAUGUCCAACUUCGUUGCAAACCUGUGUAUUCCUUGCUGCGUUUGUGUACAAACUUUGUAUUCCCUUUUAUUUUAUGUUGACUGUAUUUGGAAGUAAUCCUAUACAUUUAAAAGCCAAAAUGUUUUAGUCAUGCAUGUAUAACUGCUGGGUGGGGCGGGAUAGGGCACUUGAAUAAUAAAGAUGUUUUCAGUCAAUUCUGAAAAUAACAUUGUUUUAUUUGACUUUGUAAAAGUAACAGUACUGUUUAAAAAGCAUUGUUUGAAAAGCUUUUGUAUUUGUAUAAAUUUUCCAACUUUAACAUAAUUUUGAAAAAUGUGAAUUGCUAUAAAACAAAUCUGCACAGUAUCUCAACUGUUGUAGUAUGGGAGGAAGUUUA